AUGACUACUCUAUCGAUAUCCCCAGACAACCCCUUCCAGGUGUUGAUCGCAGAGUCAAACGAUGAUCCGGCUCAAUUGCAAUCGCGAUAUGAAACUCAUCGCACGAAUCGGAAUGCGCAACAAAAGGAGAAGAUUCUAGACGAAGACUUCCCCGGUUGGUCUGUAGACGAGAUUCUGCGCCGGCUUGAUGGGCCUGCAAAAGAAGAAGGAUAUGUCGAUCCUCGCAACUGCCUCGUCAUCUGGGCCAGACCCCCUCCUCAUAUCCGACGCUUGAUCGCAUUUGUUCAAAGUGAAUUGAAGGAUGUUGCUCCGUCUCUUUGGAUGAUGCCACCUGGAAAUCUUCACACCACUGUCCUGGAAGUGGCCCAUUCUUUGACUAGGGACCAGAUUGAAGAACUUGUCCAAACCUUGAAAUCCUCAAAGAAUGUCACCGAGGCAGAUAUUUCUGGAUAUCCCCUCAAACAUCGAACCCGACUCUUGAAGCCCAUGGUGAGCUUUGACUCCGCUGCACUUGCUCUUAGCUUCGUUCCUGCUGCAGGCGAAGGCCCAGCCAGGAUCUCCGAGGGCAAUGAUGAUCAAUACUCAUAUCAUCACCUUCGCCGCGACAUCUUCGACUUGGUUCGACAAACAGAUCUCCCUGUUGCUUCGCGCUAUAUCGUUCCGUCAGCUCAUGUUACCAUCGCACGAUUUAUCAAUCAUGACGGAUUUCUUAUUGAUAAAGCAGAAGGUGGAGAAGUGAUCGAUCCUUCUCGAGUCAAAGUGCUGAUUGAUAAGAUUGGUCAUAUCAAUGAAAUCUUGGCGAGCCAGUAUUGGCCACAGGCUGACGGUAGCUAUCCGAAAGAAGGUGAAUGGGUUGUUGGGCAGGAUGGGAGACUUGUGAUACGGAGGGGUCGGCUUUGGUAUGGAGGGGGUCAAGAUGUAUAG